AUGAAGUCUUUUGCCAUCCUCUUCGCCUUUGUCGCGUCCGCGGCGGCCAUCGCUAUCGCACCCCGUUCAGCGGCGCUCAGACCGAGCAACGACUCUAUCACGAUUCUUCAGCCCACAUAUCUCCAGAACAUCGGUGCCCCGGGCGAUACAUUCAGUGUCCUUUUGAGCCAGGAAGACCUUGUCAAUGGAUUUGAGAGCACAGAGCUUUCCGUCGUCCUCGGCAUCAACCCCUGCGGUGACGACGACGUCUGUGGCGACAAUCCGGCGGGGUUCUUCGGCGACGUGCUAUAUAAUGGCAACCUCGAUGGCAGCGAUAUGCUGAUCUACGCCAAAGUCCCCGAAGGCUUCCUCGACGGCCGCGCUUCGCUGAACCUCUUCCACGCUGCGCUUCAGCAGCCGCCGAACGACCCGUUGCAGGUGUUCACAGAGGUCAAGCAGAUCACUGUCAUCGUCUCCCCUGCCACGUGA